GCUUCUCCGGCGCCGCGCGAGGAGCGAGGCUGCGGUGACGAGCGGCGGCUGCGCGGUCAUGGGCGCGCCGGUAUCGCCCUAGGACGGGCGCGAGGAGACCGCAGCCCGAGCGGCAGCGAGCCUUCCCGAGCGGCGGCGGGCGCAGCGGGGCCGGGAUGAGCGGGAGCGGCGCGGCGCCCGGCCCGGGCUCCUCCCCGGCCGCCUGCCGCUUCGCGCACUACUUCGUGCUGUGCGGGAUCGACGCGGACAGCGGGCUGGAGCCCGACGAGCUGGCGGUUUUGUACCAAUGGCUAGAAGCAGAUCGUCAUGGCAGGAGCCAAGAUGCUGCAAAUACAACCUCAGGUGAAAAUUUUGACCAGAGUCCUUUGAGAAGAACAUUCAAAUCCAAGGUUCUGGCCCACUAUCCUCAGAAUAUAGAGUGGAACCCUUUUGAUCAAGAUGCAGUGAACAUGUUGUGCAUGCCGAAAGGGCUGUCUUUCAGAACACAGACUGACAACAGAGACCCUCAGUUCCACUCAUUUAUAAUUACCCGGGAAGAUGGUUCUCGUACCUAUGGUUUUGUUCUUACUUUUUAUGAAGAAGUUACAAGUAAGCAAAUCUGCACAGCAAUGCAGACGCUGUACCAGAUGCAUAACGCGGAGCUUUGCAGCAGCGUCUGCGCUUCCUCCUCCUGCAGCAUGGACUCGCUGGCAAGCAGCACUGACGAGGGAGACACAACUUCCCUACUGAAACUCCAGCGAUACAACUCCUAUGACAUCAGCAGAGACACCCUGUAUGUUUCCAAGAGUAUAUGUUUGAUCACACCACUGCCUUUCAUGCAGGCCUGCAAGAAGUUCCUUAUCCAGCUUUACAAGGCUGUUACCUCACAGCAGCCACCUCCCUUGCCGCUGGAGAGCUACAUCCACAAUAUUCUCUAUGAGGUACCCCUUCCACCCCCAGGGAGAUCGCUGAAAUUUUAUGGUGUUUAUGAACCCGUCAUAUGCCAGAGGCCUGGGCCCAAUGAACUCCCCCUCUCUGAUUAUCCUCUUCGAGAGGCUUUCGAGCUCCUGGGAUUGGAGAACCUGGUACAGGUGUUCACCUGUGUUCUUUUAGAGAUGCAGAUUCUUCUCUACUCACAAGAUUAUCAGCGCCUGAUGACUGUGGCGGAAGGCAUCACCACACUUUUGUUCCCAUUUCAGUGGCAGCAUGUUUAUGUGCCCAUCCUCCCUGCUUCUCUGCUACAUUUUCUUGAUGCUCCUGUCCCUUAUCUGAUGGGCCUUCAGUCAAAAGAAGGAACUGACCGUUCUAAACUAGAGCUUCCUCAAGAGGCCAAUUUGUGUUUUGUGGAUAUUGACAACCAUUUUAUCGAGUUGCCUGAAGAAUUUCCACAGUUCCCCAAUAAAGUGGAUUUCAUCCAGGAACUCUCUGAAGUUCUUCUUCAAUUUGGGAUCCCUCCUGAGGGCAGCCUCCAUUGCAGUGAGAGUGCCAACAAACUGAAGAACCUGGUUCUGAAAGACUUGGUCAAUGACAAAAAGAAUGGCAACGUCUCCACCAAUAACAUCAGCAUGUAUGAGUUACUGAAGGGCAACGAAACCAUAGCCCGCCUCCAGGCUCUGGCCAAGCGGACCGGUGUUACUGUGGAAAAAGUAGACCUCCCUGGCUCUCUGGGUGAAAAAGAGAAGGAUUUGAAACUGCAGUGCGAAGAGGCAGACCUCAGGGACUACCAGCUCAAUGUACAGCUCCGAGAGGUGUUUGCCAACCGCUUUACGCAGAUGUUUGCAGACUAUGAAGCGUUUGUGAUUCAGAGUGCCCAGGACAUGGAAUCCUGGCUCACCAACCGGGAACAGAUGCAGAACUUUGACAAAGCUUCCUUUCUGUCUGACCAGCCUGAGCCAUACCUACCAUUUCUUUCACGCUUCAUCGAAACACAGAUGUUUGCCACCUUUAUUGAUAAUAAAAUUAUGUCUCAGUGGGAGGAGAAAGAUCCUUUGCUUCGGGUCUUUGACUCUCGAAUUGAGAAGAUAAGACUGUAUAAUGUAAGGGCACCCACCUUGAGGACAUCUAUAUAUCAGAAAUGCAGCACUUUAAAAGAAGCAGCCCAAUCAAUUGAGCAGCGGCUGUUGAAAAUGGAUCACACUGCAAUCCACCCACAUCUGCUUGAUAUGAAAAUUGGUCAAGGCAAAUAUGAGCAAGGGUUCUUUCCAAAGUUACAGUCUGAUGUCUUGGCAACAGGACCAACUAAUAACAAUCGCUGGGUAAGUCGGAGCGCCACCACACAGCGCAGGAAAGACCGCCUUCGCCAGCAUUCAGAGCACGUCGCACUGGACAAUGACUUGCGGGAGAAAUAUAUGCAAGAGGCACGGAGUUUAGGAAAAAACAUGAGGCAACCCAAAUUGUCAGACCUCUCUCCUGCGGUGAUUGCACAAACCAACUGGAAAUUUGUCGAAGGCUUGUUAAAGGAAUGUAGAAUGAAGACAAAACGCAUGUUGGUGGAAAAGAUGGGCCACGAAGCAGUAGAACUGGGCCAUGGAGAAGCAAACAUCACGGGCCUGGAGGAGAACACCUUGAUUGCCAGCCUCUGUGAUCUGCUGGAGAGGAUAUGGAGCCACGGCUUGCAAGUCAAGCAGGGGAAGUCGGCUUUGUGGUCACAUUUAAUUCAGUUUCAGGACAGAGAAGAGAAACAAGAGCACCUUGCAGAAUCACCAGUUGCCCUGGGACCAGAAAGAAGAAAAUCGGACUCAGGAGUUAUGUUGCCAACACUCAGGGUCUCCCUUAUCCAGGACAUGAGGCAUAUUCAGAACAUGAGUGAAAUCAAGACUGACGUCGGGCGAGCUCGGGCAUGGAUAAGGCUGUCUCUAGAAAAGAAACUCUUGUCCCAGCACCUCAAGCAGUUGCUGUCUAACCAGCCACUCACCAGAAAGCUUUAUAAGCGUUACGCUUUUCUACGUUGCGAAGAAGAAAGAGAACAGUUUCUUUACCACCUUCUUUCCCUCAACGCUGUGGAUUACUUCUGCUUCACCAGCGUCUUCACCACUAUCAUGAUUCCGUAUAGGUCAGUGAUCAUCCCCAUCAAAAAGCUGAGCAAUGCGAUCAUCACCUCAAACCCCUGGAUCUGUGUGUCGGGAGAGCUGGGAGACACAGGCAUAAUGCAGAUUCCAAAAAACCUUCUCGAAAUGACUUUUGAGUGCCAGAACUUGGGGAAGCUGACCACUGUUCAGAUUGGUCACGAUAACUCAGGACUGUUGGCCAAGUGGCUCGUGGAUUGUGUCAUGGUCAGAAAUGAAAUCACAGGACAUACAUACAGGUUCCCGUGUGGGCGAUGGCUGGGGAAAGGCAUUGAUGACGGGAGCCUGGAGAGAAUUCUCAUUGGAGAGCUGAUGGCGCCCGCAGCGGACGAGGACCUGGUGAAGCAAUGCCGGACGCCCCCCCAGCAGAGGUCGCCCACCACGGCCAGGAGGCUGAGCAUCACGUCACUCACCGGAAAAGCCACCAAACCCAGUGCUGGACAGAUCCAAGAAGGAAUUGGAGAAGCUGUGAACAACAUUGUGAAACAUUUUCACAAACCUGAAAAAGAGAGAGGGAGCCUCACGGUGUUGCUGUGUGGAGAAAAUGGCCUGGUUGCAGCACUUGAACAAGUUUUCCACCACGGGUUCAGAUCUUCCCGCAUCUUCCACAAGAACGUCUUCAUCUGGGACUUCAUAGAGAGAGCUGUUGCUUAUUUUGAAACUACUGACCAGAUUCUAGACAAUGAAGAUGAUGUCCUUAUUCAGAAAUCAUCCUGCAAAACCUUCUGCCACUAUGUGAAUGCUGUUAAUACUGCCCCCAGGAACAUUGGGAAGGACGGCAAAUUCCAGAUCUUAGUUUGCCUCGGAACACGGGAUCGCCUGCUUCCACAGUGGAUUCCAUUGUUAGCCGAGUGUCCUGCCAUUACCCGAAUGUAUGAAGAGAGUGCCCUCCUGCGGGACCGCAUGACCGUCAACUCCCUCAUCCGAAUUCUGCAGACCAUUCAGGACUUCACCAUCGUCUUAGAAGGGUCUCUCAUCAAAGGAGUGGAUGUGUAACCCACUUGGCUGGGAACUCUCAGUCCAGACCCCUUGCUCCCAACCUUCCCGUCUGCGGGAUCGAUUUGGACUUGUCUGGCAGAGUAGUGAGUCACUGCAGGGGUGAAACACUGUGUGCCCUGAUGUGGACAAUCCUCACGCUACAGACAAGGCAAAAUGCUGUAUUGUAGUUCAUUUGAACCAGGAAUUUAGUAUAAAAUAGAAUAUUUUCAUGUGUUAGAUGUGUGUAAAUAUGCUAUCUUCUUUAAGAAAUUAUAUUACUCUAAUAAGAUACUUUUCUUAGAUUGAAUAUUCCUGUGAUUUAAAAUAAGUAGCCUGAAAGUGUUGGGAGUUGGGGGGAGAGUGGUGCUAGUCAGGAAGAAGCCAGUAACAGGUGAAUAUAGUGGACCCAGUUGGGCUUUUUCCUCCAGGUGUCACAGAGAAGCCCAGAAUGCAUUGGUGUGUCCUAGCGUCCGGCAGUCCUGGUGUCCGACCCUUUGUACUUUGAAUGGAAACAGCUCUAUCUACUGUAAAGGGCACCGAACUUGUAUCUUUUAAGUUGCAAAUGGUUUCAUACAUAUGAAUUGAGUCACUUUUCCAUUCUUUUGGAAAGUUUUUUUUUGUCGGCACAAGAUGAAGAUAUAAUUCAAAUACUUUAAAUUCUGAACCCCAGGAGCUUGGCUUAACUGGGAAGAGAGCACACAAAGCCCCAGAAGUGUGUUAAAUGUGGGAUUAUAACUUCUUUGCUCUUUGGAAAGAUUAGCCUAGACUAACUUCAUUCUUGGCAUUUUUAUUCUUGUUAUUUGAUGUACUUUGGGCAGAUGUCACAGUCACAACAACUGCAAACAGCAGUUUGAUUCUGUGCUUUUUAUGUGGCCCUCUGAACCCUGCAGUGGGCCCUUACCUCGGAAGGAUCACCAUAAGCCCUGUCUUUGUUUGGCUCCCAGCACCCCCUCCCCUCGCCCAGUGCCCAGCCCCCUCUCAGGAAAUGGAAGGAAUGUCUGAGAAGGAGGAGGGCUCUGUGUGGCUUGGAAUGUUUUUGUGAAAGUAUUUGUUGACCAAGAUAAUGCAAAUAACAGAAGGAGAGAGAAAGAAUGAACCCUUUCUGGGUGUUUCAGGGCAAGCUUUGUGUUCCUUUGUGAAAAGGGGUGGUAACGCAGAACAACUGGCCCAGAGAAGGUAAAGGCCAGCACCUCCCAGACGAGCAAAAUGCAAGUAGAACAAGGCAGCAGUUUGGAAAGACCAAAUGUUGUGAGUAACUACAGUUUGGCUUCUUAUCAGGAAGUUAAGUAAACGGUGUUAACUAGUCACCUUACGUCUUCAUCCCAGGGUAGGGCCUGUGACUCUCAUCGGCAUUUGCACAGCGUUAGCAGUGACUUGCUCAGCGGAGCUCUGGGUUUAUUCCCGGUUGGGGCUGAGAUGCAGAGCCACAGCCUCUCAGGACCCUCGUGCCACCGAGAGUCCUGGGCUUUAGCCAGUGGUGUUGUCCCCCUUGCCAGGCAGCCGAGGCACGCCCCGCUUUGAUAGGUGGCUUAGUUGGGGGCGGGGAUUUAGCAACCCCUGGAAAGGGUUUAAGAAGAUUAUUCUGGGUGACUUGGGGACCAGAGGUUUGUUUGCCUGAGGCUAACGUGUAGCUACUCAGGGCUGUGGACACUCUUCAGUGGGAGAUGUCCUCCACCUGCGUGACACCAGGCUGUCGUGUGCUUCCGUGAUCAGAAACCAGAGGCUGGUCCAGCCCAGGGACUUAUUCUCGUACCUUUUCCACGAGGCCAUGCUUCUGACGCACCCUGGGCAGCCAGGGAGCCGACUUCGUGCAGAUUGAGUUAUCUGGUCCAGCCUUCUCAUUUUAUAGAUGGGAACACUUGAGGAUUAGAGAGAUUACAUACUCCCACAGCUGGUGGGCGACAGCACAGGGUCUAGAAUUCAGCGUUUAGUACAGCAGGCUGCAUGAGGCUGACCUCCAGGGCGUUCAUCUCAACAGUCUUCCCCCUUGGUUCUUCAUGCAUUCCCCUAUACAGAUGAGAAAUCAGGACUCAUGGCAAUAGUCACGAGGAUUAAUAUUCAUUUUAACAAAUUGUUCACAAGUUGCUAUAAAAACAGGGAGAAAAUUGGAUUUGGGUCUGUGACUAAAACCAUUACUUCAAAAGGUAAUGCCCAAAAAGAGUUAUACCGAAAAUGUUGUCUCAUGUUGUGUGGUAAGACUGUAACGGUGAAACGCCCGAUUUCAGGAGAGGCACGCCUUCUACAAUGCUAGGCCCUUCAGAGUGCCACCUUGGCAGCCCUUUUAUCUGUUUAUCUCACCCCAGUGAUAACGGCCUACAGCCCAUAGUUGAUGAAUAAAAAGGAUGCCCGAGCAGAGUUUGAGUACAUAAGAAACAUAAUUCUAAGGAAAUAAGAUUUCGUUCUUAUGUGACUUACAGCUCUCUCUGAGCCAAUACCAAAUUAUUUUGAGCAAGAGAGGAGCAGAAUCCUCAGAAUAGAUGUGCAUAGCCUUCCAAGUUGACUUUUGGAAGGACCAUAUAUAUCUAUUCAGAGGUAUCCCUUCUGUUAUGUUUAUUUUUUAAAUUAGUAUAUUGCUUUAUAAUCACACCUCAGAGUAAAAGUAAAUAAAAAUCAAUUUUUGUCAUUGACAUUUUUCCCCUCAAAAUAAAUUAAAAUUAAUGCCUGGAACCCUAAUUAGUAUUUUUGCAUAAUAAUGGCUUUAAAAGAAAUUGUUUUAAGAUUAAAUUACCAAAAAUAUUACCUCUUGAAACAUUUUUUUCAAGUGUCCUGAAACUCCCCAUCUCACCCUGUGUGACCCAGUAGCAUUACACUGAUGUUGGUAGUAUAUGAGGCCCUGCAGCUGUGCCCUGGGGGGGCUCGUUAGCACCUUAAAAUGACUGAGGCACAGAGUCCAGCAGUACAAAGAGGGUUCUAGGUGGUGGAGAAAAGCUACCAAGAAAAAAGUAGGACCUCCUAGCUCUCCCCAUCCUUUUUCCCACUGGGGUGAGAAUUCUAUAUAAAUAACCUAAAACUUGCAAAAGUUUGUCAUUUCCCUCUAAAUUUUAUUUUAAAUGUCUCAGAGAUGUUUGUACCUUUUUAAAUCUGUGGUAUUUACUUUAACAUGGCUUUUCAUUUUAAUGAGCUUCUGUCUCGCUACAUGAAUGAUAUAGGGGAAACACUGAAUUGCUUCUAUUUCCUUUUUUGGCAAUAAAUCUGUUGUAUGUAGAUGUACGUGAAAGAGAGGUAGAGACUAUAUGUAACAGUUUGUGUGUAGUAUAUGUUGACACCUCUAAGAUAUUUUGAAACAUGAGGCUACAGAUGAGGACCUCAGACCCCCCAGGGAAAUAUUUAUUUGACAGCACUGAGAGUGUAGCUCUUAAUAAUGAGAUACCUUUCUGCUGAGACUUAGGAUUUUUCAGAAGACUUUUAUUUUGAGAACUGUGAGUAUUUUCACUGUGAGGUUUACAGAAACUAGGUGAUCCUUUUCACCGUGUUGAAAGGACAGUCUGAUCCUUCGCUAUUUAUAUUUCAGUAUUAACACACCUUCAUUGAUCAAGAAUGGGGUCUUCAGCUCCUCUCUGCUUUUAUAAAGUGAAUCCUGUUUCCAAGCCAUCUAUGUCUUUUGAAGUCCCCAUUUCUUAUGUAAACAUUUAUGACAUUACCAUUUAGCUUAAAAGAAGACAGAAACAAAUAAUAAACUAUUAGGUCCCUUAUUCCUAUCAAAAUACAUUUAUAAAUCUCUUGAACUGAUUUCCAGGCUUUUCUGAAGAAGGUGUUGAUGGAGUGUGAUCAAAAGAAUCCAAGGAGAACCUCAUCCUUUCAGAUCUCACUAAAAUUGAUCGCCCUUUCAAAGACAAAAUAAAGAUUGGCUCCAGAACAUUGAGCAAUUAGUACCGAGCGAAAAAGAUCAUCAAAGAUUUCUCCUCCUUUGAAAAAAAAUUCUCAUUUGAAGGAAUCAAGGGUAUCCUCGGGUUCUGUGGGAGGGAAUAAUACUUGAUUCAAUUACCUAGAUGUAUUAUGUAUAGCUUCAGGCUUUGUUCCAAACACCAAAUCUUCUUGACAGAGAGGCGUGGUAAGGAGUCCCUGUUGUCAAUCAGCUGAAGGUGUUCAACAUACAGAAAAAAUCUUCUAUGUUACACUUGAACCAUGUAUAAAUGUACCCUGUGUAUCUUUUUAACAAAUGAGCAUAUCUGCAUUUAAAUUAUAUU